AUGAAGAACACAGCACUCCUAGUUGCAACCGCCGCGGCGAGCGUUGCUGCAGUCGGCAUUGCUGAGAUCCCCCGUGAGCAAGUCUCCACCAGCUCGCAACCAUCAACCUCCGAUCCGGGCUUCGUAUCGUUUCCUAUAUACCACAGAUCAGUAUCGAAACCCAUCUUGAAGCGAAACACCGACGUCACCAUUUACAACAUCUCAUCCGUCAGCUAUCUCAUCCAGUUGAGCAUAGGAACACCUGGCCAACAGGUAAAGGUUGCCAUAGACACGGGGUCCGAUGAGCUUUGGGUGAAUCCCAACUGCACAGCGGUCAAAAGCCAAGACCAGAGAGCAGAAUGCAUCGCCGAUGGGCAGUAUAACCCGGGGCAGUCGAGCACCUCGCAAGUCUCGACAACAUCCAACAAUAUCCCCUACGGCAAGGGCGAUGUAAACAUUACAUACUACAAGGACUCUAUAUCCAUGUCCAACAGCAGCAUAUCCCUCACCAAUGUCAUUUUUGGCGUGGCCACGUCCAGCAAGGACCUGAACGAGGGAAUCAUGGGGUUGGGUUACGGCGACGGCGUGAACCUCCGGUACAACAACAUGGUGGACAGCCUCUUCCUCCAGAACGUGACCAAAAGCCGGGCGUUCUCGGUGGCGCUGGGGUCGGCAGAGGCCAGCAACAGCGGGGUGAUCUCGUUUGGCGGCGUCGACACCAAAAAGUUCUCGGGCAAGCUCGGGCAGAUGCCGAUCCUGGGCCCGCAGGGCAAGGAGGAGAUACGGAGGUACUGGGUGCCGAUGGACAGCAUCGCCAUGAGCAAGAACGGCGGCAACAAGACGUACAGCGGGGGCAACAUCCCCAUCGUCAUCGACUCGGGCUCCACGCUCAGCUACCUGCCGUCGAGCGUGGUCACGGCCAUGGCCAUGGACGCCAACGCGCUGUGGAACUCGGAGGGGGGCGUCUACUUUGUCAAGUGCGACAAGAUGCCGGCCGACGCCUCCUUCGACUUUAGCUUCAACAACGGCUCCUUCCGGAUCAGCGUGCCCUGGCGCAACUUCUUUUGGAACACGGGCGGCAACACGUGCGUCCUCGGCGCCGUGCCCAUCAAGUCGGGCAGCGUCACGGCCCUGCUGGGCGACAGCUUCAUGCGCUCCGUCUACACCGUCUUUGACCAGACCAGCAACAUGGUCUUCAUGGCCCCCUAUGCCAACUGCGGCAGCAACGAGCAGAUGAUCCCCGCGAGCCCCAGUGGUGCCGCCGCCAACUUUACCGGCGAGUGCUCCCCGGGCCAGGGGCUUCCUGAUCCAACCCCGCAAAAGAAUGCCGCCGGCAAGGCGUCUGGUGAACCGAGCAAGUUUGAGUUUUGGGCAUGUGCCGCGGUGCUCGUUGUGGGCCACUUGGUCUUUGGCAUGUUGUUAUGA